ACAGCACCCACUGCCGUCUCCGCGGGGCGGUGGGUUGCGGGGGAGGCGUUUCCCAAGGCGAGGAAGUUAUUAGGCAGCACCCGGUAAUAGCAUGUAUAAUAGCAGUAAUACAGCCUAUAUGUUAUUGGGUGGCACCCGUCAAUAGCAUAUAUAGUAGCAAUAACAACUGGGCAUCCACUGAGUUUUGACAAGGCCGUUGCCUCUCCCUUCAGAGGAGGUUGUUUGUCAAGGGACAAGAAAUUAGUCAACAUGCAGUAAAUUGGAAGAAAUGGAAGAAAGGAAAAUCAAGAGGAGGAGCCCCAAAUCAUCUACCAGUCACCCUGCUCAGGUUGCAAACUCUAAGAAAAGCUCAGUGCCAGUCAGUAAAAGUACAGCAUUUUCAAAUCCCGCACCACAGCCUGCGGUACAAAAACCAAAGUUAAAACGUGUAAUAAAAGAGAAAGCAAAACCUCCAGGAGGUGAAGCAAAAGGGGCACAGGCAGCACCCAUCCAGCAUUCUUUUCUCACAGAUGUAUCGGAUGUCCAGGAAAUGGAAAGGGGACUUCUGAGUCUCCUGAAUGACUUCCAUUCUGGCAAACUUCAAGCAUUUGGAAAUGAAUGUUCCAUAGAGCAGAUGGAGCAUGUGCGGAGUAUGCAGGAGAAACUUGCUCGCCUCAAUCUGGAGCUCUAUGGGGAGCUGGAAGAACUCCCUGAAGAUAAAAGAAAACUAGCCAGCGACUCCAACCUGGAUAGGCUGCUAUCAGAUCUAGAAGAACUGAAUUCAUCUAUCCAAAAAUUGCAUUUAGCAGAUGCUCAAGAUAUUCCAAAUGGUGCCACAGGCUGAAAGAACAGCUUUAUCAACUUGGAUUCUUUCAGAAGCUUUUCUUUUGUUUUUCCUGACAGUGGAAUCUGGAACAGUUGUUGGUUGGGUUGUUUUUUUAAUUUUACACAAUGAAGAAUCAAAGUGCAAAUCCAAGUGUUUAUUUUUGCACAUUCCUCUGAGUGCUGCAUUAUGUCAGGACUCAGCCUCUAGAGUUUUAAGUAGGUUAUUGUGGCACUAUGCUUUUUAUCAUUGCCUUAUUUAAUAGAAAAAUUGGGGAAACGUGGAAGUACAUUUUUUCUGCUGUGUUGUUCAUAUGGUUGAAAAUGAUAUAUGUAUAUGAAGUUCAUUAGCAUUUCUCCAAUUUUUUUGAAGGUAGCGAUGGUGUUGCCUGUCUGAUCAGUAUGUAGACAAUCUGCACACUGUAUCUUAAGUGUUUUGUUGAUCAGUGAUGCCACAGAUUAAUUUAUUAACAAUAAAGUAAAACAUUUUAAAUAUGACGUUUCCUUUAAAGAAGUUGCUAUCUGUUCAGCUGUGUUAAGAAGACACAAGUUCUUGCAUGGUCUGAAUGUUUGCAGAGUUUACUUUUUUUCAUUACUGUGAAUAAUCGUGUCACUAAAUUAGAACUAUCAUACCUGCUAGCACUCCCCAUAAUUUAAGUAUUGUGAAAUUCCAAAAUUGAGUAAACAGUUAUUGUUCAAUAAAUCCAAAUAUGCAAUUU